CCUCGGCGGUGUCGCCGCGGUCGGUGUCGGCUGAGGCGGUGAAGUUUCUGCGGAGGUAGAAGAGGGCGGGAAGGAGAAGGAAGGGCCGCUCGCCGAACCGAACCAAGCCGGGCCGGGCUGGGCUGGGAGGAAGAGGCAGGUCCCCGCGCGGCCCGGCUCUCUCCUGACGGGGACUCCCGGACUGCCCUGGACUCCAUGUGAUGCUCAGGGUCAGAAAUGCCUUAUGUGGAUCGUCAGAAUCGCAUUUGUGGUUUCCUAGAUAUUGAAGAAAAUGAGAAUAGUGGGAAAUUUCUGCGGAGAUAUUUCAUCCUGGACACACGAGAAGACAGCCUGGUCUGGUACAUGGAUAACCCACAGAACCUUCCCUCUGGAUCUCCACCUGUUGGAGUCAUUAAACUUACCUAUAUUUCAAAGGUUAGUGAUGCAACUAAGCUAAGGCCAAAGGCAGAGUUCUGUUUUGUUAUGAAUGCAGGGAUGAGAAAAUACUUUCUACAAGCCAAUGAUCAGCAGGACCUAGUUGAGUGGGUAAAUGUGCUGAACAAAGCUACCAAAAUCACAGUACCAAAGCAGUCUGAUCCUCUGUGUCAGAUGGAUAAUGCAAAUCGUCAAGCUGAAAGCCCAGGUGGAAAGAAGCAAGUGUCCUACAGGACAGAAAUAGUUGGUGGUGUUCCUAUCAUUACACCUACCCAGAAAGAAGAACCCAGUGAGUGCAGUGAAGGGAGUGAUAGGAAUUAUUUGAAACGGUCACAAAGUCACCUUCCUUAUUUUACUGCUAAGCAUCCCCCAGAUAAUGCUAUUAUCAAAGCUGGCUACUGUGUGAAGCAGGGAGCAGUGAUGAAGAACUGGAAGAGAAGAUACUUUCAGUUAGAUGAAAACACAAUAGGAUAUUUCAAGUCUGAACUGGAAAAGGAACCUCUAAGAGUUAUACCACUUAAGGAGGUCCAUAAAGUUCAGGAAUGCAAACAAAGUGAUAUAAUGAUGAGAGACAAUCUCUUUGAAAUUGUAACAACUUCUCGAACCUUUUAUGUACAGGCUGACAGCCCAGAAGACAUGCACAGCUGGAUAAAAGCAAUUUCUGGGGCCAUUGUAGCACAACGGGGACCUGGAAGAUCAGCAGCUUCCGUUACUCUAAUCUUAGCUUUGCACUGUGUUCCAGAUGCGGCAGGCCAGAAGGCUGUCGAAUCCUUGUAUACAGAGGAGCAUCCCGAGUCUUCUUCCGAACCCGUCCAUGCUCUCCGUUCUGCCCUCACAGCCCCAGCCACCUCACAUUCCACAGCCCCUCACAGCAUCCCUCUGGUCCCAAACCCUCACUCCAAAUACCCUGCCUUGGAGAAGCGAGGAUUUCACGAGUCUUUUACCAAGGCCAAGCCAAGGAGCUACAAGAUCCAGGUUGUCUCUCCAAGAGAAUCAGCUUCCAAAGUGACUGAAAGGGGCUUCUGGGAACCCCGAAGUAAAAAUGGCACUCAGGAACAGGAUCCUGGCCUCGUGGAUCUGGAUGAUGCAAGCCUUCCAGUUAGUGAUGUGUAGUGGGUGGAAGUGUUUGGAGAAUGAUCCAUUUGUUUUGGUCCUCUUAAUUUCCUUGCUUGGACUUUUAACCAAAGAAAAUUAUAGGAAAUGAGAACAACAACAACAAAAAAAAACUCAGAAUACUGAUUUAUUUUUUUAUAUAUAUGUAUGUGUGUGUUUCUCUGCACACAUGUGUAUAUAUAAUGUGUUUGUAUAUUGCCUUUCAGCUGAGGGUCAGAAAAAGACCUUAGGUGUUUUCUCAAAGCCUGAUAGUAAAUCACUUACUAGGGAGGGCCAAACUGCACAGUUUCAAAGAAAAAAAACCCCAAAACGACAGAAAGACAAAAACAAAAAAGUACCUCUGCUAGUAAGCAAGGUACCAGCAACUUUUCAUUCCUAAUCUGGCAAAUUUACUAAAUUUACAACUAAUGCUGUGUUGUGGAGAACUAAUUGCCAACAAAUGUGAUUACUUAAUUUCAGUGUGAACUGCAGUAAGGUUUUAGGCAUAGAUGAAAAUUGGUUUUCUCCGUGACUUUCGGAUACCAGGAAAUGCACAAAAUGUUUCUUCUGUUCUUUAGGAUCAACAGUCUCAACUGAUUUGUUGUCAGAACAAGAAUUCUGAACUCCCUUGGAAUUCCAAUUAUGGUGCUGUAAAGAUUUCCACUGAAAUAAUAUUUUGUAUAGUCAGCCUAUUUUUUGAUGCACUCCUAAAGUUGGGUUGUAACUUUUUGCACACUGGGAUUUAAAUGGGCUGCACGUAAUGGUGUUUUGGAGUGGGGGGAGAAGAGAAAUUGGGACUUUUGAAUUUGGACACUUUAGAUCUUUUGAACCAAGUAGAGUUUAUAUCGUGUUCCAUGAGGCUUUGCAGCAAUUCUGUACCCUAGAUGUCUCAAUGUGUUGUUUGAUUACUGUUUUGAGAGUGGGUUUCCUGAUCAGUGCUUUGUGAGCAGUUCUGGUUUCUACAUUUGAUCAGUGGGAGACCACCUGGUUUGUAGUUUUGUCGUUAUUGGUACUGAACUGUUCACAGUCAUGCAGUUGUGGCCUCUUAACUUUUGGUGCACUGAUAAUCUCAAGUGCCUGUUGUUUUUUCUCACGUUGUUGAAACACUUUUGGGUUGGUUAUGUGCAUACAAACCAUUCCUAAUGGUUUUUGAAUGUUGGCUUGGAGUUGUUCUUGAAUAGCAUAGUUUGAAUCAGCUCUUUAAAAUGGAAAAGUUAUGCUAGGGAUACCAGUGUUCUGGUAUUGCACCUGCUAGCUGUGCAAUAUGUGUUUUUUUUUUAAAAAAAAAAGAGUAAUUGUUGUUUGUGUACCCUGUGUUAUGGGGCUCCAGUGAUGCAAAUGAAAAAGAACCUUUACAUUUCAAGUGUCGGAUUAGCUUGUGUGCUUUUCAUCAGUUUUGAGAAAUGUUUUGCUUUAAUCAAAACCCCACAGAUGUCUCAUGCUGCUGCUUAUUGUGAUUCAGUUUGUCCAGCUUGGCAAGACUGUUCUGUUGUCUGCUGUAACCCAAGAUACAUAUCACACAGCUCCAUCUUCUCUCCAACUCCCAAACUGACUUCCUGCUUGAGAGAUACAGAUGGCUUUACCACAAUGAUGUGUUGAUCCAAGGAUAGAAUAAUUGGUGUCAUUUUAAGACUGAGAGAUAAUUUCAAAACCUUGAAUUAUAUCAGCACCUUCAUUUUUCUUUAUCCAUAAGCUAACCACUGUCUUAAGACAGUGGUGUUUGUUAAUGACUGGUUUUGUUUGACUCUUUAGAUCUACGUGAAAACUAGCACAGAGUUGGAAGUUACUGUAAAUGUCUGAACUAGUGUUGUAGGUUUUAACUUCUAUAAAGAUUAAACAAUAGCUCUUUAAAAGCUUAUUUUUUCACAAGUACGUUCUGUGUGGAAGACACUUUGCAUUGAAAUAUUUUUACUGUAGUCUAACAUCUGAAAUCACUUCUCUGGUACAGCUUUCACACUGCAUGUUCAUUUUAUUAUAUUUUUGGUAUUGGCAAUUUUACACAUUGGGUGGAGGUAAAGCAGCUCCAUUAUGGGACUCAAAGAGGAAAAAAAGAAAAAAAGAAAUGAACUACUGUUGUAGUUCAGUAGCAUAGGGAAAUAUUUGUGGUUGGUAAUUGUCAGGGUCUCCUAUUUAUCAGUACUUUUAUAAAUCUAUGAAAAUUGUUAAAUUAUUUUAGAAACAGUGCUGUAAAUAUGUCACAUUUAAAUUGUCAAUAAAUCAGUUUGGGUAACUUAA